UAUUCUCACAUUGAUAGCUAGACAACUUUUGGGGAAACUUGUAAGGGAAGUUUUAAACAUUGAAAAAUGAAUGAUACAAAUUGGACAGGUGUGCAAGAAAAUACCUUUGAUGAAUUCAACACUGACAAAAUAAUUUUAUUAUGUAUUUAUAUUCCGGUAUUUUUCGUUGCUUUAGUUGGGAAUAUUCUUGUGCUUGUAAUGGUGUGUAUGAACAAAAGUGUCCGGAGAAAUGUCGCUAAUUAUUUCCUGGUAAAUUUAGCCGUAGCAGAUCUUUUAGUGACCAUAGUUUGUAUACCAAUGACAGUUACAGUAAUGAUAUACCCAGUGUGGAUAUACGGAGAUUUCAUGUGCCGUACGUUAGAUUUUAUGCAAGGGGUAUCGAUAGAAGGGAGUGUAAUUACCAUUGUUUGUAUGGGUACAGAACGAUAUUUUGCUAUUCGACACCCCAUGAAAGUACGGAGGAUAUGUAAUGAAUUCAACGUUAAGGUCGCUAUAGCAGUUACAUGGAUAUUAGCAAUAAUAAUAAUGUGUCCAAUGGUUAUGUAUAAGCGACUAGUCGUAGAACAGCACGUAUUUAUUUUUAAUAGCACAGACAAUCUGUUCAAUGGAACUCAUGAAAUCCCGUCAUUUCACAGUGAAACCUGCCAGGAGGAUUGGCCAUCUACAUCGGAUAAAAUUGCCUAUGAUAUUUUUUUGUUGUUUAUAGUAUAUAUAAUUCCUGGAUUUAUUGUUGUGGCUCUAUAUUCUUUGAUUGGCUGCAGCCUUUGCAGACAAAAUCACGCACUGAAUCGUGCUAAUUCUGUUAUAAGUAAUGAUGUUAAAGUAAUGGCCAGUAGAAGAAAACUUGCCCGAAUGAUGAUUAUAAUUUCUGUACUGUUUGCUUUGUGUUGGCUUCCAUAUUUUAUUAUCAUUAUGGGAACUGAUUUCUAUGAGGAUUACCGAAAUACUCUAGCCAAGUUAUACCCAUUUGCCUUGCUAUUGGCACAUUCUCAUAGUGCACAAAAUCCCAUAUUGUACUGUUUUAUGCACAGGGGAUUUUUAGAGUUUUUGACAAAGCUAGCCCGAUGUCAAUUUUCAAGUAUUACUAAUAGACGACAGAUGAAAAAUUCAUUCAACUCUUCUGAUAGAACACAAUCGCUUAGAAUUUCAAAAAUGAAUGAUGGUACAAAUGAUGAAAGGAAAAGAUUAGUUGUGACUUUGUCAGACCCUGGAAAAGCUGUUUGAGCCAUUAGUUUUUAACAGUGUUCAAACAUUCGUAAUACAUGUAUAUUACAUGAAAAAAAAGCAUUAAUUAAUUAAAUACACACUAUGCCAAUUGUACAAACAGUUUACUUGUGUCCAUUUGCUGAAAUAAAUUAUCAUAUAAAG